AUGGAUGUGACAUUAUAUAUCUACGAUUUGUCAAAUGGCCUCGCCCGAACUCUAUCGCUUCCAAUUUCUGGGACACAGAUAGACGCAAUAUACCAUACGUCCCUUGUAUUUGGUGGUGUUGAGUACUAUUUUGGUAGGGGAAUUCAACAAGCUGCUCCUGGAACAACACAUCAUGGUCAGCCAAUGGAGACCCUUUCGCUCGGCAGGUCAGAACUUCCGCUAGAGGUGAUUAUUGAGUAUAUGGACUCUUUAUCAAAAACAUAUACCGAAGAUUCCUACGAUCUGUUCUUACGGAACUGUAAUAACUUCACACACGAUUUAGCUAUGUUCCUCGUUGGAAAAGGAAUUCCGGAGCAUAUCAGGAAUCUACCAGAUCAAUUCCUAAGCUCUCCACUUGGCCAGAUGAUGAAACCGUAUAUUGACAAUUUGCUUCGCGGUCCAGCGCAAGACCUACCAGCACAACCAAGUCAACCAAUAACUUCGCUAAUACCGCACGCUACAGCCUCAGCUCAUGUGAACCGAGUUCACAACGUGACAACCCUCGAGGCCGUUGAUAAUCUUCUCUUUCAGGCUCAAUAUUCAUGUGCUGUGAUAUUUUUCACCUCUUCCACAUGCCCACCUUGUAAAAUUGUCUAUCCAGCUUAUGACCAGCUGGCCGAAGAAGCUGGAGAGAAAGCUAUACUUAUUAAAGUGGACAUUAACCAAGCCCUCGAUGUUUCAUCAAAGUAUAAUAUCAGAGCCACUCCGACAUUCAUAACAUUUUUGAAAGGGCAAAAAGACAAUCAAUGGAGCGGUGCUGAUGAGAGCCAGCUUCGAGGUAAUGUUCGAAUGCUGAUCCAAGUAGCUUGGCCUCCACAUGCGCAUAAUAACCUGUCGCUUCCAAGCCUACAGCGAAUGAUUGAUUUUUACAUUACUUAUCAAAAGACCCCGCCAUUAGAUAAGCUUCUUUUAAAAGUUGGCCCCGUUGGUGAUGACCCUGUACUCGCAGAAUUGGUUACCUUUUUAAAAAGAGAUGUUACAGCUGACUCUGCGAGACCGCCCUUGCCUGAUUUACCACGACUGGCUAGUUUCAUUCAAACCAAGUUUUCCGAUUUACCCUUAGAUAUCCAUUUCGCCAUAAUAGAUUUGGUCAGAACUGCCUUUUGUGAUGCGAGAGUGAGCGGGUUUUUUGCAGAGGAAACGGGCCAUCGCACUCUAUUGGCAUUGCUUGCUAGAGCAAAGACACCCCAGACUGCUCCUUACAACCACCAGCUUGUAAUGGCGCAAUUGAUGUGCAACAUAUUUACGACACAGCUCUAUCCGGACAAGUUUCUUUCAUCUGACACGCUCCGCGAGACGUGUAUUAACUUUGCAACCACAUGCCUACUAGACUCGCAUGGAAAUCUUCGCGUUGCCGCAGCUUCUUUUAUUUACAAUUUAGCAGCCCUGAAUCACAACGAACGGCUACAAGACCGUCCCGAUAAGCUACCAGAAGCAGUUCAGGUAGAACUAGUUGCAUCACUCAUUGAAGCUAUACGGAACGAAUCUGAGAGCCUAGAAAACUUGCGUGGUUUACUUCUGUCGCUAGGCCUCCUGGCGUAUUGUGCCCCAAUGAACGGGGAAGUGCUCGAUUUGUGUCGCGCAAUGGAAGCGGGGACUAUUGUGCUAGAGAAAGCUAAUGUCAAUGGGUUUUCCGGGGAACAGCUUAUACGACAAGUUGGAGAAGAGCUCUUGGGUAAUGGAUUAAAGUCAUGA